GGCGGGGCGCCGCCAUACAAAAGCGCGUCAACAUGCGAGUUUACGACACGAGAGACGCGCCGCCACCUCCAGAGCGAGUGCAGCAGCCUCUUUUACAUUCCAUGGAUUUCCAGAAUGCAGACGCCAGUGGCCCUUCAGGGGGUCCGGACAUCACUCAUCAGACACAGAUCUGUGAAGCUCCAGGCCACGUUAAAAUCGAUCAGAGCAGACUUCAGAAAUGGCUGAAGAUAAAAAGUGGGACGAAAAAACAAAAGCUAACUCGAAGUGAGAUUUCACAAGCCUUCUCAUGCUGCUUCUGCCUUAUCGACAGCUUCAGAAGAAACAGUGACGAGCCUGCAGCUGGGAGGCCUAUGAGGGUGGAUAUGAAGGCGGUCAGAGAAACUUUUGAAAAAAUCCACAAAAAGGAGUGGAUCACACGCCUGGUUGACGAAAGCCUCCAGAAACUGAUCACCACUCUACUGUCACCAGCUGUCCCAGAGGAGGCCCUGGAGAUCCUUCUGAUCCUGCCUGAGUGCCAUGUGCUCCACCAAGAAGACAAUGUGCUCAAAAUGAUCUUCCCGUUGGCUGGGGCCAUCAGUAGUCUAAGUGGUCCAUCGAUGAAUCUCCUGAGAAGCUGGUGGUCAGAUUUAAAGAAGCCAUUCUUGCAAAUGCCCAUCAAGAUGUUCACAGAUGCUGUGGCCUUUAUCUUGACUUCAAGGCCAGAACUUACCUGCUGGAUGGGACACGUGAUUUGCGUCCUGAGACACCUCUAUCAAGUAAAUAAGAUGGCAGCAUCCUGUGUUCCUGCCCAGAUGUUCCACAUCGCUGAAAUCGGCUCAGUUGAUACGAUCCAAAAUGUCUAUAACUGGAGGACAUGGCAACAAAAUCGCUUUUUGCUCAAUGUAGACGGCAAAAUUAAAGUGUUUAAAACGGCUGCAUCAAUUAAAAUGGAGCCACCACUUUUUCCUAGGUUCAAAGUCUAUGUCAGACGGAGCCAUCUAAUGGAAGACACCUUCAAAAAUCUGGAAGGGGCAAAAGCGGAGGAUGUCAAAAAGUUACUGCAGGUGGAAUUCAUUGGAGAAAAGGAUCUGAAAGCAGAGAAAUGGCAUCUCUUCCAUCUUAUCAGUAAAGAGUUGACGAAGUCCGAGUCUGGCAUGUUCUGGCACAACGACUUAAAAACGAUGAUCUGGUUUACUGCUAAGGUGGACAAGAUUAAAUAUUUUCAGCUGGGUCUGUUGUGUGGAAUUGCGAUGCACAACGAUCACAUCAUUAACCUUCCCUUCCCUCUGGCUCUGUACAAGAAGCUGCUCGACUUGAGACCCACGCUGUCCGACUUGAAGGAACUGGACUCUACCUUGGUGAAUUCUCUGCAGGACAUCCUGGACUACGGCGGUGAUGUCGAAAAUGACUUUGGCUUGAACUUUGUCAUAAAUUGGGAUGGCAUCAGUGUGCCCCUAGUAGAAGAUGGAGAAAACCAAAUGGUCACAAACGACAACUGUCAAGAAUUUGUUGACGCCUAUGUAGACUACGUGUUCAACGUGUCAGUGAAGGACCACUUCGAGGAGUUUGAGAGGGGUAUCUACAUGGUCUGUGACCCAGAUGUGAUUGAUAUAUUUGAGCCCAAAGAACUAAUGGAGUUCAUGGCAGGCAAUGCAGCAUACGAGUGGGACAAGCUGAAGAAGAAUGCAGUUUAUGAAGGUGUAUACCACGCAAAGCACAAGGUGAUCAUCAUGUUCUGGAACCUGUUUGAUAAAAUGUCCUCCAGCCAACGGAAACGAUUCUUAUUGUUUGUGACUGGCAGUGAACGUGUGCCUUCCCUUGGCAUGGAAAGUAUCAAGAUGAAAAUUGUGCCGGUAUACAUGCUCACUGAGGACCAGCUUCCCGAGGCCCUGAACUGUCACAAAAUGCUGAAUCUGCCCAUGUACAGGACACUGGGGCAGCUAGAAGAGAGACUCCUGCGUGCUAUCGGGUGUGCUGACCAGCGUCCAGGUCAAGAAGCGUAGUAAGUGGGAUCGACAUAUCAGAGGAUCAUAAAAUAUAACCCAGAAGAAGAAGACUUCCAAAUGUGUGCAAGUGGGAAGGCAGAGCUCUGUGAGACCACAUGCCAUCGACAGUCCAUGCUGCCAAAUGUACUGCAAUCCAUUCCCACGUGUGUUGUCUAGAGCCAUCUUUAUCAACCAUUCUUGGGCUGCCAGCUGCCACUGGUGGGUUGCAAGUUUCUGUUGUUCAUAAUGGGUCGUCGGUGGGUUGUGUGGUGUGUUACCACUCUGACGGUCACACUCAGUUCCCCCUAACUUUGACGAUUGCACACAAAUGCCCAAGUGGGACGCCACCCCAGGUGGGUCGCAAAGACACUUACUUGGAAAAGAAAAAGUGGGUCAUGACAACAAAACAUUUGAGAAACGCUCUUCUGGAAUGUUCCUCUGGCCUCCCUCUCUAACACAAUAUUAAUCAGAAGGGGAGGAUAUGCAGGUCAGGUUACUUAGAGUCACUUAGUGUGUCAUACGAAGGAGUGGAGCCACUUCUAGAGACGGCUCCUGCCUUAUGCCCAAUGCUGCCAGAAUAAGGUACGGCACCAAUGGACGUUCAAUGAAUGAAAGAGGUUUGAAAAUGGAUGAUGAGUGAGUGUGGCCGUGAGAUGGACUGCCAUCCCUUCCACAUUUGUUUCCUGCCUUGCAUCCAGUGCUGUUGGGAAAGGCUCCAGUCAUUUCAAGACCUACCACUGCACAUAUGGAUGAGUGUGUGUGGUGUCCCGUCAUGGGUCCAAUAUUGUCGGAUGUCUCAUGUUUCUGAAUUUACACCUUCAAUGAUAUGUAUAUA